AUGGCAACUCUCAAGGAUCAGCUGAUUCAGACUCUAAUUAAGGAAGAACAGACCCCCCAGAAUAAGAUUACAGUUGUUGGGGUUGGUGCUGUUGGCAUGGCCUGUGCCAUCAGCAUCCUAAUGAAGGACUUGGCAGAUGAACUUGCUCUUGUUGAUGUCAUGGAAGACAAACUGAAGGGCGAGAUGAUGGAUCUUCAACAUGGCAGCCUUUUCCUUCGAACACCAAAAAUCGUCUCUGGCAAAGUGGAUAUCCUUACGUAUGUUGCUUGGAAGAUAAGUGGCUUUCCCAAAAACCGUGUUAUUGGCAGUGGCUGCAAUCUGGAUUCAGCGCGGUUCCGUUACCUGAUGGGGGAGAGGCUGGGAGUUCACCCACUAAGCUGUCACGGGUGGGUCCUUGGAGAACAUGGGGACUCUAGUGUGCCCGUGUGGAGUGGUGUGAACGUUGCUGGUGUCUCCCUGAAAAAUCUGCACCCCGAUUUAGGCACUGAUGCAGAUAAGGAACAGUGGAAAGAGGUUCACAAACAGGUGGUUGACAGUGCUUAUGAGGUGAUCAAACUGAAAGGCUAUACCUCCUGGGCCAUUGGACUCUCUGUGGCAGAUUUGGCAGAAAGCAUAAUGAAGAAUCUUAGGCGGGUACAUCCAAUUUCCACCAUGAUUAAGGGACUCUAUGGGAUUAAAGAUGACGUCUUCCUUAGCGUUCCUUGCAUCUUGGGACAGAAUGGGAUCUCGGAUGUUGUGAAGGUGGCGCUGACUCCUGAGGAAGAGGCCCGUCUGAAGAAGAGCGCCGAUACACUGUGGAGCAUCCAGAAAGAGCUGCAGUUUUAA